CCUGUUUCCUGGUGCUCUGCUCCCUGACCCCAGUGGCAGUCCUUACUCACUGCACUCCUCUGCUCUCUUCCUCCUUCUCUCCCCCUUCAUUUCUCCCUCUCUCUCUUUCUCGCUCUCCAGCCCAGAUCGCGGCUGCUCUCCUUCUCCCCUUUUCUUCCUUCCUUCCUUCCCUUUCCCUCCUUCUCCUUCCUUCCUUCCUUCCUUCCUUCCUUCCUUCCUUCUGCUUGCGUCCGCCUCUCUCCUUUCCACUCCGGGGACCCUCGAGGGUCGAAGGUGUCUGCCCUGCCUUGCACCAGCCGUCAACCUUUGGCAAAGCCUCUCCUCGCUCUUUCGCCCUCUCGCAACAGAGCUCCGCGGCACCAUCCACCACCACCUCCUCCUCCUCCUCCCCUCCUCAUGGAUCGGCUCCUUCCCCAGCACUGAAGGCAUCCCUAGGAACACACAUCAACAUCCAGGAAAAAUUAAAAAAAGAGGGAGAGAAGAAGUCUACAGAGCUCAUGAGGAGAUACUUGGCUUCUGUCGUUGGCUGAAACACAAUGCCCACUCCCAUCUUUUGUUCUGGAAAGUUGUAAGUUGCUCAUGUCUAUAAAGAGGAAGGAUGGCUCAUGGAAUUCCUUCACAAGGCAAAGUUACCAUUUCCGUGGAUGAAUACAGCUCAAAUCCAACCCAGGCGUUCACACACUACAACAUUAACCAGAGCAGGUUCCAGCCUCCCCAUGUACACAUGGUCGACCCUAUUCCAUAUGACACCCCGAAACCAGCAGGCCACACGCGGUUUGUCUGCAUCUCAGACACACACUCCAGAACAGAUGGAAUCCAGAUGCCUUAUGGGGACAUCUUGCUUCAUACGGGCGAUUUCACUGAGUUGGGGCUGCCUUCUGAGGUUAAGAAGUUUAAUGACUGGUUAGGAAAUUUGCCAUAUGAAUAUAAAAUAGUGAUUGCUGGGAAUCAUGAACUGACAUUUGAUAAAGAAUUCAUGGCAGACCUUGUUAAACAGGAUUACUACCGCUUUCCCUCUGUGUCCAAAUUGAAACCAGAGGACUUUGACAAUGUUCAGUCACUUCUGACAAACAGUAUUUACUUGCAAGACUCUGAAGUAACAGUCAAAGGAUUCCGAAUAUAUGGUGCCCCUUGGACACCAUGGUUUAAUGGAUGGGGCUUUAACCUACCCAGGGGUCAAUCACUGUUGGACAAGUGGAAUCUUAUUCCUGAAGGUAUUGAUAUAUUAAUGACUCAUGGACCUCCUCUUGGUUUUCGAGACUGGGUUCCAAAGGAGCUUCAAAGAGUUGGCUGUGUGGAACUGUUAAACACAGUACAAAGGCGAGUAAGGCCCAAACUUCAUGUCUUUGGUGGAAUCCAUGAAGGUUACGGCAUUAUGACAGACGGUUACACAACGUACAUAAAUGCCUCAACAUGUACAGUCAGCUUUCAACCAACCAACCCACCAAUUAUAUUUGACCUUCCAACCCCGCAAGGAUCAUGAAGCACCACUGGAUGGGGGGGAAGGUCUAUAAACUGCCAUUUUUCUAAUUAAACAUCCAUUCUCUUAACAUGUUUCUUUACAAAUGAUGUGGGGCUUUUUUGUAAAUUGUUGGUACAAAUGGG